AUGUGCCAUUUUUCGACGUUCCUGUCAACACACCCACUUGCCGUGCCGAGACGUGAUGUUCUGGGCGCCCAGACCGUGAUCCCAUCCAACCUCACCUUGUCAAUAUUGGACGGUGGCUGCCUGGGUAAAACGGCACACAGGCUCACUCUCGGCUCCCGUCGACGCACGCAACCAAUCGACGAUGAAGAAGCAGGCGACAUCAUCCCUUUUGACGCCCACGCCGGCGGCGGCCAUUUCACAUGCAAGCACGGCCCGCAGCUCCGCGUCUCCCCCGCUCUGCAGUCCUUCAUCGCCAGGAACCAUAUUUUGAGUUCGGGCGAAACCGUCGCCGACUUGCUUGCCAAGCCACAUAUUGCCGUUCCACGCGAGGUAAUCAACAGGGACUACCCCCUACCGGAGUACUUUGUUUCUUCGAGUCACAACACCUACCUGUGCGCACACCAACUCUUUGGCGAAUCCUCCACCGACCCCUACCGACACACCCUCCAAGCCGGCUCAAGAUGCGUAGAGAUCGACGUCUGGGACAACCCCGACAACCUGGACGAACCCAAAGUCACUCAUGGAUACACCCUGGUCUCCAACAUCCCCUUCCGCGAAGUAUGCAAGAUCAUCCGGCAAGUAGUAGAGGAAGAGGAAGAAUCCGGCGGCGGCGGCGGUGCGCCCGUGUUGAUUUCGCUCGAGAACCACUGCGGCGCUCAAGGGCAAGAGGCGCUGGUGCGAAUCAUGAAGGAAGUAUGGGGUAGGCACUUGUUGGAUAAGCCGGUAGAAACCGAGUCGCACAUUGAACAAGACCAACAUGUUCGUCUUCGCGACCUGGGGUCCAAGAUCGUGGUCAUCGUGGAGCAUCAUCUCAUCAACGAAGCCUCAUCUGAUUCCUCCUCCGAUUCUAGCUUGGAAGACGAAGCCGAGAAAAAAGAAAGGAAACAAAGAAAACAAGCCAAAAAAGAUGCUCCCGAAGCCAAACUCAUCAUCCCCUCCCUCGCCGAGUUGGGCGUCUACGGCCAAUCCGUCAAACCGCCCGACAACAGCUGGUUCACCUCUUCGGACCUCUUACCUUCAAAAGACGGCCCGCACCACCACCUCAUCAACGUAUCUGAAUCCGGCCUCAACGCCCUCUUGUCGUCCGGCAACGGCGCCAGCAUAGCCAAGCACAACGCCCGCCACUUGAUGCGGGUAUUCCCCAAAGGCACGCGCAUCUCUUCUAAAAACCUUAAACCUUUGCCCUUCUGGGGUUUAGGCGCACAAGUAUGUGCUUUAAACUGGCAGACCUUCGACGCAAGCAUGCAAAUCAACGAAGCCAUGUUCGCGGGUACAGGGGGGUACGUGCUUAAACCUUCUUGGUUGCGGUCCAACGCGGCAAUGGUGGGACUAGCGAAAAAAGAGUUUCGGGAGCAAGUGGCGAGGACGAGACGCAGAAAACGAUUGAGGUUGGUGGUGGCGGGCGCGUCGGAUGUUCCCAUCCCAAGCGGCAGAGAUACGGAUAAGGAACUCAAACCGUACCUUACCUGCACGCUGCUACAUCCGGGCGUGCCGUUUGGGGAGAUGCAGCAGACCAAGAAGAAGACGGACGUGUUUAGGAAGCAUAAGCUUAGUGCGCUGCUGAUUGGGGGGUUGACGGGGGCAGCAAGUAAAGAGGAGGAGAACAGUCUGGUGACGGAUCCGGUGUGGGAUGAGACGCUGGAGUGGGACGAGUAUGAAGACGAUGAGUUGGUUUUCUUGAGGAUGUUCAUCAAGAGCGAUGAUUCCUUCUCCAGCAACCCGGUGCUGUGUGUGGCCAGCGUUAGGCUGUUGUAUGUGGAGGGCGUCAAGGGGCAGUGGCGGUUCGUGAGGAUGUUGGAUCUAAAGGGGAGGGAGACGGCAUGUACACUGCUGGUCAAGUUUGAAGUGGAUGAGCUCUGA